GAUCGUUUUAUUCUGAUGCAUUUGUGUUAUAUUUAAGAUAUUUCUGUAUUUUAAGCGUCCAUAAAGUGAUGAGCAGUGCAGAGCUGGGAGUAUGAUCUCUGCGUAAACUUCUCUUCGCCUCUUUAAGUUUCAUUUGUUCAUCAUCCUUCAUUAGAAAUGCAGAUCCUCCUGUACACAGCUGUGUUCCUGUACCUCAGGGAGUCUGCCCGCGCAGAACCGAUCAAAGACAAGUGUCCAACACGGUGCGAUGUGAGUACCUGUCCCAGCCCCAGCUGCCCCAGCGGCUACGUGCCGGACCGCUGCAACUGCUGCCUGGUGUGCGCGCAGGGAGAGGGCGAGCCGUGCGGCCGCAAGGACGACCUGCCGUGCGGGGACGGACUGGACUGCAAACACCCGGCGGGCAAGCGGCUCUCCAAGGGCUUCUGUCGGUGCAAGUACGGCAACGAGGUGUGCGGCAGCGACGGGAAGACGUACGGAAACGUGUGCCAGCUGAAGGCCACCAGCAGGAAGGCUCUGCAGCAGGGACUGCCGAGCAUCAGCCAGAUCCAGAAGGGACCGUGUGAGAGCAGCACAGGUCCUUCAAAUGUUGCCAGUCCUCGUUACAAGUUCAACUUCAUAGCUGAUGUGGUGGAGAAAAUCGCCCCAGCUGUGGUCCACAUCGAACUCUUCCUCAGGCACCCUCUCUUCGGUCGGAACAUCCCUCUGUCGAGUGGGUCAGGGUUCGUGAUGUCAGAUAACGGACUAAUUGUCACCAACGCCCAUGUGGUCUCCAGCACCACACCAGUGUCCGGUCAACAGCACCUCAAGGUCCAGAUGCAUAAUGGGGAUGUAUAUGAAGCCAGUAUCAAGGACAUUGACAAAAAGUCAGACAUUGCUACCAUCAAAAUAAAUUCACAGGUGAAACUGCCUGUACUGUUCCUAGGCCACAGUGCAGACCUUAGGCCUGGGGAGUUUGUGGUUGCAAUCGGCAGCCCCUUCGCCCUCCAGAACACUGUCACCACUGGCAUCGUGAGCACCGCCCAGAGAGAUGGCAAGGAGCUGGGCCUCAGGGACUCUGACAUGGACUACGUCCAGACAGAUGCUAUUAUCAAUUACGGGAAUUCAGGAGGACCUCUUGUUAAUUUGGAUGGCGAAGUGAUUGGCAUCAACACCCUAAAGGUUGCAGCAGGAAUCUCCUUUGCUAUUCCCUCCGACAGGAUAACUCGCUUCCUCAACGAUUCACUCGACAGGCACAGCAAAGAUGUGAGGUCAAUAAAGAAGCGUUUCAUCGGAAUCAGGAUGCUGACAAUUACGCCAGCGUUAACGGAAGAGCUAAAACAGCAGAACCCGGACUUCCCUGAUGUUGCCAGUGGGAUUUAUGUCCAUGAGGUUGUUCCUCACUCACCUGCUCAGAAAGGUGGCAUUAAAGAUGGCGACAUUAUUGUGAAACUGAAUGGGAAACCGCUAAUGACCACAGCUGACCUGCAGGGGGCGCUGCAGGAGGAGACGGCCCUGCUGCUGGAGGUCAGGAGGGACAAUGAUGACCUGUUGUUUAACAUCGAACCUGACGUUAUCAUGCAGUAGAUAUCAGAAACACUGCUCCAAUGCAGAGUUAAACCAACAUCUGAGGCCCUAUUUUUGUGAAAGAUCACAUUGGAUGGUGGAAGCUCUGGACUAGUGGAAUUUUGUCAAGCGCACACAUCUUCUGAUCAACUGGCUGUUAACUGUACCGAAGGAAAAGGAGCCCAUGGGUGACAUGGUGCAAUGCAGUUUUGGUAUCAAGGAUUAACAGCUGUUCCUUCCACCUGGUCUGAGCAUACAAUGUUGGAACAGGUACACACCUAUAAACCCUACAUGAGCCCAAACCCCUUUCAUGUAUUGUUGUUUUUUUUUUACAUUUCUCAACAGUAAACAAAUUUGCUGUACAAGUGCCCUUAAAAAUGUGAUGUUAAAUUCAGCCAAUGAUGGCUGUUAGACUGCAUGUUAUGGUGCACAUCACAAAAAGAUAAAAGCACAGUUGAUGAAUUUACAGUCAAAUUGAUACAUUUUUAGUAAAAAGAAGGUGGUGAUGCAAAAGUUGACAAAAGUCCCAUGACCCCAUUGUAUCCAUGCAAGGGUCCAAUGCUCCAGGACAGAAUCCACAUUGCUUUUUCUUAGAACUGGUUUUCGCUGCACACCAAAAUCCCUCACUCGCCACCCAUUUUGCAGUUCACCUGACCUUCAUCUGAGAUAGAGAUGCCACAAAGGCUCAUGGCCUGCUUCUUAAACCCUCAGCCAUGGCGGCACCCUACACUUGACCCUAAUGUCCUUGGCGAGGACCAAUGGUCCCCCUUACCCAAAUCCAAUUGAAGUAGCUUGCUUCUGAAUUUGCCACCCCAAAUGGAUUUCUUGUGAAGAGGGAGCUGAGCCAGAACAAGCAAAGGUCUUGAUUUACAUCCAAACCCUUAAUCAUUGGCCAUAAACUUUGGAUGAUAACUCUAACCCUAAUUUGCGAGGUGUUAAGGUUAGGGUUAGGAGACCAGAAGAAGCUCAGAGUAGAACCGCUACUUAUCAUAUUGAAAGGCGUACUUGAGGUGGUUUAGGCAUCUGAUUAAGCUCUCUCCAGGAUUCCUCUCUUUUGAGGUUUACUAGCCACUUUCUAAUUGAGAGGAGACCCAGGUGCAGACCAAUAAUCCACUGGAGGGAUUAUACUGUAUACUCCAUCUGGACUGGGUACACAUUAGCCUCCCCAAGGAGAACAGGGAGC